AUGCUGGGGAGGGCGGGGAGCGUGAGGGAGCUGAUAGAGGCAGGAGCAGAGGUAGGAGCGAAGGACAAGAAAGGGAAGUCGAUGGUGCACUGGGCGGCGGAGUAUGGGCAUGUGGAGGUACUGAAGACGGUAGAGAAACAAUGCGGGAAAGAGACUCUGAAGACCUUGAUGAUGGAGAAAGACGAUCUCGGCAAGACAUGCGCGCACUAUGCGAGUCAGGGAGGGCACUUGGAGGUAGUGCGGUAUGCUGUAGAGACAUGCGGGGAGGAGCUGCUGAGGGCGAAGGCUGUGUAUGGGGGGACAUGCGCAUACUUGGCGAGUAAGGGAGGGCACUUGGAGGUAGUGCGGUAUGCUGUAGAGACAUGCGGGGAGGAGGUGCUGAGGGAGAAGGACAAUGACGGCAGCACAUGCGCGCACUUGGCGAGUGAGGGAGGGCACUUGGAGGUAGUGCGGUAUGUUGCAGAGACAUGCGGGGAGGAGCUGCUGAGGGAGAAGGACAAUGACGGCUGGACAUGCGUGUACUUGGCGGGUGCGGGAGGGCACUUGGAGGUAGUGCGGUAUGUCGCAGAGACAUGCGGGGAGGAGCUGCUGAGGGAGAAGGCCAAUGACGGCAGGACAUGCGCGCACUGGGCGAGUGAGGGAGGGCACUUGGAGGUAGUGCGGUAUGUCGCAGAGACAUGCGGGGAGGAGGUGCUGAGGGAGAAGGACCAGUACGGCAGGACAUGCCCUAAUGCGGUGAGUGCGGGAGGGCACUUGGAGGUAGUGCGGUAUGCUGUACAGACAUGCGGGGAGGAGCUGCUGAGGGAGAAGGCCAAUGACGGAAAGACAUGCGCGCACUAUGCGAGUGGGGGAGGGCACUUGGAGGUAGUGCGGUAUGCUGUAGAGACAUGCGGGGAGGAGCUGCUGAGGGCGAAGGACGAGUACGGCAGGACAUGCGCGCACUGGGCGAGUGAGGGAGGGCACUUGGAGGUAGUGCGGUAUGCUGUAGAGACAUGCGGGGAGGAGCUGCUGAGGGAGAAGGCCAAUGACGGCAGGACAUGCGCGCACUGGGCGAGUGAGGGAGGGCACUUGGAGGUAGUGCGGUAUGUUGGGAAGACAUGCGGGGAGCAGCUGCUAAGGGCGAAGGACGAACAUGGCGCGACAUUCGCGCAAUGGGCGAGUCUGAGAGGGCACUUGGAGGUAGUGCGGUAUGCUGUAGAGACAUGCGGGGAGGAGCUGCUCAGGGAGAGGGACGAGUAUCGCAAGACAUGUGCGCACUUGGCGAGUGAGGGAGGGCACUUGGAGGUGCUGCGGUAUGUUGCAGAGACAUGCGGGGAGGAGCUGCUGAGGGCGAAGGCCAAUGACGGCUGGACAUGCGCACACUAUGCGAGUGCGGGAGGGCACUUGGAGGUAGUGCGGUAUGCUGUAGAGACAUGCGGGGAGGAGCUGCUGAGGGAGAAGACCAAUGACGGCAGGACAUGCGCGCACUUGGCGAGUGAGGGAGGGCACUUGGAGGUAGUAGUGCGGUAUGUCGCAGAGACAUGCGGGGAGGAGGUGCUGAGGGAGAAGGACCAGUACGGCAGGACAUGCCCUAAUGCGGCGAGUGCGGGAGGGCACUUGGAGGUAGUGCGGUAUGCUGUAGAGACAUGCGGGGAGGAGCUGCUAAGGGAGAAGGCCAAUGACGGCAGGACAUGCGCGCAUGAGGCGAGUCAGGGAGGGCACUUGGAGGUGCUGCGGUAU